ACGAGCCUUUAUCAUAUCAAUCGCAACAAAAUAAACAAACAACUCUAUCCAGCCGCUCUGUGUUCAACGAAGGAUUCUCGUUUUCUUAACCGUUUCCCUGCGUCUUGAGUUACCGAUCCCUGCGCUGGAUACCGAUUAAAUCUUUUUUUCGACCUCUUUUCUACUGAUACUGAGGACAUAAUAGCGAAUAAGAGCGAAACUCCCGUACUACAGUUCCGGUAGGUGGUGCAUUCUCUUAUCACAACAUCCGCCGAGCGCUAGCAGAAUGAAAUUUCGCUUCUGCGGCGAUGGAGACUGUCCCGAUUGGGUGCUGGCCGAAAUCCAUUCCAACCUGGCCCAACUCACCACGGACCAGCUGAACGAGCUGGGAGAGCAUACGGCCAAGUCCAUCCUUGGAGCGGAAAUACCGGAGAACGAAAUCAGUAAAAUCUAUUCCAUCACAAAGGGUUCCAUGGAUGCACCGAAGGGAGGCAUCGCUUGUCUGAGAUUUCUGCUAACCAGUGCCUCCCGAUACAACACAGAGAGCGCCGAGUUCAGCACGGAACUGCAGCAGCUCGGCCUGCCAAAGGACCACACCGCCAUCCUCUGCCAACUGUUGGACGCCUACGUGCUGAAAAUUCGGGCUGUGCUUCGGGAGAAAAGCUUAAGCAUCAACCAGCUGGACACGUUUAGCUGCAGCAUUCCGAAGAACACGAUCGACUGCAUUCAGCUGAAGAUUGGCAUACAGAAUGAGAUAGUCGACGGGCUGCCUAAGAAAACGUCCCAUACGGUCAAUCUUAACCGGAACGAUGCGCUGCUGUUGCUGAACGAGCUGAAAGCGGUUCGCGAUACGAUGGAGAGCUAUAAUUUUGAUAAGAAACAUUCCGAGGAGAAAUAAAGCCGGAUCGUCAGAAUGAUGAUGACGAGGAGGAUAAUUUAAAA